ACAUGUCAACAUUUCUGACUUACGUUAUUUUGUUCUUCUUUCUGUGUAAAAUAGGAACAACGAAGGACCAACAGAAGAAGAGAAUAUUGUUGAAUGACCCGGAUGUCCUUGCAGACCGCCUAGGUCGAUUAGAAAGUCUUGUACAUUCAUUAUCCGACAAACUACAACAGGAAGAGACAAAACGUAAUGUACUCGAAGUAGCAUUUAGUCAGCUGACAAAAAGUCAUAAAAUAAGUUCGACUUAUAUCCGAUGGGGAAAACAGACAUGUCCAGGAAAUGACACCCUUUUAUACACAGGUUUUAUUGGUGGUGGACUUUAUAGUGAAGCAGGAGCAGCAGCGGAUGCCGUAUGUCUUCCUCGUAACCCAGACUUUGUAAAGACAACAGCCUCCCAAGGAAAUGUAGGUCAUAUGUAUGGAACAGAGUUUGAAACCAACUUUUUUGGACCCAAAUCGUUUGAUGAAGACGUUCCUUGUUCCGUUUGUGAAAUUCAAGACGGAACACAGACAAUUAUGAUUCCAGGAAAAAACACGUGUUUCAAUGGAUGGCAGGCAAAAUAUAAGGGUUACCUUGGUUCUGGAUACUACGCACAUACAUCAGCAACUACAUUCAUCUGUGUUGAUGAAUCUCCAGAUUAUAUCAUGUCAGGAGAAAGUAACUCAAACGGGAAACUUCUUUAUGAGGUUAUUGCCAAAUGUGGUGCUUUACCAUGUCCGCCCUAUCAUGAAGGUUAUCCGCUUACUUGUGUUCUUUGUGCAAAAUAA